AUGGCGAUUGCUUUGGCUGAGGCUGAUAAGUAUGAGAUCCUGGAGAAGAUUGGUUGUGGCUCGUUUGGCAUCAUUCGCAAAGUCAAGCGAAAAUCCGAUGGAUUCAUCCUAUGCCGCAAAGAGAUCAACUACAUCAAGAUGUCUCAGAAAGAACGCGAACAACUUACUGCCGAAUUCAACAUCCUAAGCUCCCUCCGACACCCUAACAUCGUCGCUUACUACCACCGUGAACACCUCAAAGCCAGUCAGGACCUUUACCUUUACAUGGAGUACUGUGGUGGUGGAGACUUGAGCAUGGUUAUUAAGAAUCUCAAGAAGGCCAACAAGUGUGCAGAGGAGGAUUUUGUCUGGCGAAUCCUGUCGCAGCUGGUCACGGCUCUUUUCCGCUGCCAUUACGGCUCCGACCCCGCUGAAGUCGGAUCAAACAUUCUUGGUGCUCCUCCCAAGCCUUCUGGUCUGAAGGGUAAACAAGGCCAAGUUACCAUCUUGCAUCGUGAUCUCAAGCCCGAGAACAUCUUCCUUGGUAGCGACAACACCGUCAAGCUUGGUGACUUUGGCCUGUCGAAACAAAUGCAGUCCCACGACUUUGCUUCCACCUAUGUCGGCACUCCAUUUUAUAUGUCCCCCGAAAUUUGCGCAGCGGAGAAGUACACUCUGCGAUCUGAUAUCUGGGCGGUCGGAUGUAUCAUGUAUGAGCUGUGCGCCAAGGAGCCUCCCUUCAACGCGCGCACCCACAUCCAGUUGGUCCAGAAGAUUCGUGAGGGGAAAUUCGCUCCCCUCCCCGAUUUUUACUCUCCCGAACUCAAGAGCGUCAUUGGAAGCUGCUUGCGUGUUAACCCGGACCACCGCCCAGAUACUGCUGCUCUUAUUAAUCUUCCUAUUAUCCGUUUGAUGCGAAAGGAGAAGGAGGUUGUGGAUCUUGGCCGCACCUUGCGCCGACGUGAAGAUGUGGCCCAUCAGAAGGUCCGCGAAAUGGAACAGAACAUCUCGAAGAUGGAAAAAGAGAAACAGCAAAUGAAGGCUGAGAUUGAAAGCACUCUCCGACGUGAAUGGGAGGUCCGGGCUCGCUUGGAGAUUGAUAAACAAGUUCAGAUUGAACUUGGGUCACUUCGUAAACGCUUUGAGUCGGAGGUACAAAGUCGGGUUGCUCUGGAGGUGGAGAAAGAGAAGAGCAAAAGAAACCACAACUCUCGCGACAUUUUCCGGACAAGUACACAUGGAUCAUCGGGCUCAUCUCAAUCAUCGUCACGCUCGAAUGGCCGGGCCUCUCGCUCUUCUGGAAACAGUACCGAUGACAGCGAACCACCUUCUUCCUCCGAUGUCAGCCAGGUGGUUCUGGCUCCUAAGUCACCAACUCCCAAUGGGCAUAAGAAGCCAAAGAAGGAAGCCCGCACUCCUUUCUGCCGCUCAAAGACUGUUGUAGACUCCCCCCAGGAUGUCCAGAUGGCCGAGCCGUCCCCAAUCUCAAUCGCUUCACUCUCCCUCUCUCCACGCCGUACAUCCGGUGCCGGACCUGGCCGUAACAUCUUCGCCGAGGCAGAGCGCAACAAGGCGAAGUGGGAACCCACCUUGGCCUACUCCGAUGAUGAAGACGACACCCCGGAUCUUCCAUCUCCUACCCGUCCCAAGGUCAAGCCUGAUCCAUUCAAGGCUCCCCCACGCCCUCUCUUGCGCCAAAACACCGCAGCUCUCAUGCAGAAACUCAGCACGCAGCCUCCACUCUUCCCCUCAAAUGGCUCCCGUCUCCCCCAAAUGUCCGGCGGCCCCUCCACUUCGCAGUCUGAAACUCGCCACCUGAGCGACAGUCGCUCCCGCUCGAAGUCCCCCCACCGCCGUCUAUCUAAAAUCCCCUCAUCCGCCAACCUCGCCGCAGAUGCCUCCCCCACUCGCAAGAACAGCACAAAGCAAAGUCCCACCAAAUCUAAUUCUGGCGAUGAGAUGUUCAAGGCUGUCAUGCAGCGUAACAUGGGCGGCCGUACCCUGGUCGAGCUCGCCCAGGCACGCGCCGGUGGUCGUCCUAUGGACGAGAUGAAGCGAUGCGCCAGUGAUUCGCGCGCGCCUACCUGUUCAAGCUUCCAGACCUCCUCGCGUGACCCACCCGCAAUCUGGGACCCUGAACGCGACGAGAUGCCCAGUCCUUUCCUGGCCCGUGGAAAGAAGAUCAUCCGCAACCUGCGGUAG